GAACCACAGCCAGCUCCGACACGGUGGGAGGUUGAGUUGGAGUUUGUUCAGGCGUUGGCGAAUCUGCAGUACUUGAACUUUCUGGCACAGAACAAAUACCUCGAAAAGGAGGAGUUCUUGAACUAUUUGAAGUACUUGGAAUACUGGCGGGAACCACAGUACGCAAAGCACUUGGUCUAUCCCAACUGCCUACAUGUUCUUACGCUCUUGCAGAGCGCACACUUCAGGGAGCAGAUCCUUAGACAGGACACUGCUGCGGUGUUGAUGAACGACAUGGUGAAUAGAUGGAAGGAGCCUCAGACGAUG